AUGAGGUACCUCGUCUGUAUCAUCGCCGUGUUAGCUCGGCUCAAUGUCGCUCAAGAGUCAACGUGCAACUACGUCGGACUAGUGAAAUGCUUCAUAAAUAUUCUGGAUGAAUGGGCUUGGACAUUGUAUGAAUUGAAGGAUAAUGUCGUUACGAUCACAUCAGAUCAGUGUACACAUCUUAAAGAGCUUGAUAAGUGCAUAAAAGAUGAUCUGGAAGAACAACAUCAAUGCUCACAUCGUGAAGUAAUUGAAGUAUCAAAUACUGUUUCAGAUUUACUAACACAUCGUAAAGAUUCUGGAUCUUUCUUAAAGAGCUAUUAUCUUCUUACAUAUGCAUGUUCAGCUGAAGGACAAGAAAUCCUCACCAAACACAGAGAUUGCCUUAAAUCUGAGAAGAUUGGUGAAAUGACAUUGUCGGCAGGGACAUAUCUUAGUGAGAAGUUCUUAGAACAUGACGAUGAUGAAGAAGCGUGUGCAAAUUUGAAUAUGAAACUACAAGAAUAUAUUCGAGCGAUGAGUAAUCUAUGCAGUAAACAUGAAGCUGCGCAACUUAUGUGCAAAUCCUUGACGAACAUGUUCAAGGGAUUGCAUGUUGAUAAACUUGAAAAAUGUGUUUUGGACUGCAAAAUCCCCGAAGAGGAGACGGAAGAGGAAAACAAGGUUGAAUCAUCAGAAGUGGAAGCGGUUCAACCGGAACCGGAUGCUCUUGGGCCUGUAGCAGAUUCAGCGACAGCACUAAGCGUUUUUAUUCCAUUCCUAGCUAUUUUUGUUCGAUAA